AUGGAGAGCUUGGAGGAGAACGUGGUUGCUGUAAUUAUAGUGGGUGGUCCUGCAGAAGGUACUAGAUUCAGGCCGCUUUCCUUCAAUACACCGAAACCUCUACUUCCUCUGGCUGGUCAGCCCAUGGUUCAUCACCCCAUUUCCGCUUGCAAAAAGAUACCUAACCUGGCGCAAAUUUUUCUAAUUGGAUUCUACGAGGGGAAGGAAUUUGCAUUAUAUGUCUCUUCAAUCUCUAAUGAGCUUAAAGUACCAGUCAGAUAUUUGAAGGAAGAUAAACCACAUGGUUCUGCAGGCAGCCUUUAUUACUUCCGAGAUCAAAUCAUGGAAGAUUCCCCUUCGCAUAUUUUUCUGCUGAAUUGUGAUGUCUGCUGCAAUUUUCCACUGCCAAACAUGCUGGAUGCCCAUAAAAGGUAUGGUGGGAUGGGCACACUGCUAGUUAUUAAGGUUUCUGCUGAAUCAGCCAACCAGUUUGGAGAGUUGGUUGCAGAUCCAAUUACCAAGGAACUGUUGCACUACACAGAAAAACCUGAGACUUUUGUUAGUGAUCUGAUAAACUGUGGUGUUUACGUCUUUACUCCUAAAAUUUUUGACUCCAUCGAGGAUGUAUAUAUGCACCAGGAAGACAGAGCUAAUGUACGUCAUGUAACCAGUUUUGAAUCCCUUCAGAUCACGACGAGGUCUCCUCCAACAGAUUUUGUCAGAUUGGACCAAGAUAUCCUGUCACCUCUUGCUGGAAAGAAGCAAUUAUAUACAUACGAGACCAUGGACUACUGGGAACAGAUCAAGACCCCAGGAAUCUCUAUUAAAUGUUCUGCUUUGUACCUUGCUCAAUUCCGAAUUGCAUCUCCAGAUCUCCUGGCCAAAGGAGAUGGCACAAAGAAUGCCAUGGUUGUUGGCGAUGUAUGUAUUCAUCCAUCAGCAAAAGUACACCCAACCGCGAAGAUUGGACCCAACGUGUCGAUAUCAGCAAAUGUCCGUGUUGCACCUGGUGUACGGCUUAUUAAUUGCAUCAUCUUAGAUGAUGUAGAAAUUGAUGAAAAUGCUGUUGUGAUGCAUGCUAUUGUGGGAUGGAAGUCAUCUAUCGGGAAAUGGUCCCGCGUUCAGGCUGAUGGGGACUACAACAAGAAGCUUGGAAUUACCAUAUUAGGGGAGGCCGUGACUGUUGAAGACGAGGUGGUGGUGAUUAACAGCAUCGUUCUUCCAAAUAAGUCACUUAAUCUAUUUGACCCGAUAAGCAGAGACUGCACUGUUUUGGUCUGUAAGGACUUGUUUGCCAAGCUUAAAAAAGUAUACUUAAUUCAGCUUAAAAGAGUUCACCAUUUACAGAGCAUCUGUUUGCUUGACCAAUGA